AUGUCUGCAGCAAACGCAAGAUCCCUUAAAGAUCCCCCAAAAGAUGAUGCCAAGAUCAAAAGGGUGUGGCCAAAAGAUGAAAAAGAUUCAACCUUUGGCAGAAUUAAGGUGUCUGGUGUGGAGGUGAAGGAGAAGAGGAAUGUGUUUUGGGGAAGAAAGUGGAAUUCUUUUGAUAUUUUGGUUGCUUCUGGGCUUGCAGCUUUGCAUUUGCUGUGUGUUUUAGCUCCUUCCACUUUUAAAUGGGAUGCCUUUGGUGUUGCUGUUGCAUUGUAUUUCAUUACUGGGCUUCUUGGAAUCACUCUCUCUUUCCACAGAAAUCUCUCUCACAGAAGCUUCAAGAUUCCCAAAUGGCUUGAGUAUUUCUUUGCUUAUUGUGGCACUCUUGCCCUUCAGGGGCAUCCAAUUAAGUGGGUGAGCCUACAUAGAUACCACCAUCAGUUUGUUGACUCAGAAAUAGAUCCACACAGUCCAAUUUGGGGAUUUUGGUUUAGUCACAUGAGUUGGCUCUUUGACACUGAAAAUAUUGCUCAAAAAUGUAGAAAAAGAAGCAAUGUUAAAGAUUUAGAGAAGCAGGCGUUCUAUAAGUCCCUUGAAAAGACUUAUUUACUUCAUCAUGUAGCACUUGGAGCUCUACUCUAUGCAAUGGGUGCAUUUCCCUACAUUGUUUGGGGAAUAGGUGUGAGGAUUGUGUGGCUUUAUCAUAUCACUUGGCUGGUGAAUUCAGCUUGCCAUAUUUGGGGCAAACAAACAUGGAAUACCGGCGACCUUUCACGAAAUAAUUGGUGGGUGGCAUUGCUUGCAUUUGGAGAGGGGUGGCAUAACAACCACCAUGCCUUUGAGUAUUCAGCUAGACAUGGGCUAGAGUGGUGGCAAAUUGAUACAACUUGGUAUGCAAUUAGGGUUCUUGAAGCAAUUGGAUUGGCCAUUCAUAUCAAGUUAUCUACACCAGCACAACAACAGAAGAUGGCCUUAAUAAUUAGCUAA